AUGUACGCCGGUUCACAAGAUGACGAAUUUUUGAGAACGAGGAAGAUUUCUUUCAAUGCAAAUGGCUUUUUACGAGCGGACUCACAAUCGAUGGAUCACGAGAGUGGACCAGAUCGCCCAGAAAACGAUUGUUCGAUACAUUGUCCGACACAAUUGAACACAAUUGGUGAGAUUUUGAAUCGAAAGAAAUCCGUUGCGAGAAUUAUGUCGAAUACGGUGAAAGCGCUCAAUAGUGCUUAUGAGAUGCGCACAAUUUCCCCGGCUGAUCUAAUCUUUGAUCUGUUCAAAUUGCCCGAUCGAGAUGAAGCAUCAGUCACGAAAUUGAUUAAGGUUUUAAAAUCAUUCGGCCUUCGGGAGAAAGAUCCACGAAUGAAAAAAAUGAUGGAUCAAAUAAGGACAUUCGAAGAAACAAAAGAAGAAGACGAUGAAAGAGUAUUGCAUAUGAGAAGAGACAUUUUUAAGGAAUGUAUUCAAUCAUCAGUUCAAUUGAUUUCUCAAGCUCUUCGCAAUCAUUUGAUCAUUCCAUCAUGGGGAGAAUUCUGUUUGAAAAUACGAGACAUUUUCGAAGAAUGUCGAGGGAUCAACGGUGGAACUGUGGCCACUUACAUUCCACAAUUGGCUCGAUGUGAUCCAAAUCUCUGGGGAGUCAGUAUUUGUACGAUUGACGGGCAAAGAGUCUCAUUUGGAGACAGUAAAGUCAACUUUUGCAUUCAAAGUGUUUCAAAGGCUUUUAAUUAUGCAAUUGUUGCUUCGGAUUUGGGAGCGGAGAAGGUUCAUUCCUAUGUGGGACACGAGCCAAGUGGACGACUUUUCAAUGAGAUUUGUUUAGAUCCAAAUGGAAAACCCCACAAUCCAAUGAUAAAUGCCGGCGCCAUCAUUGUCACUUCACUCAUCAAAAAUGGACUCACAAUGGCCGAUCGGUUCGAUUUCGUUCUCAAAGAAUAUCGGAAACUGUCGGGCGGAGAAUUCGUCGGAUUCAACAAUUCUGUAUUUCUUUCUGAAAGAGACACAGCUGAUCGAAACUAUGCUCUUUCAUAUUAUAUGAAAGAAAACAAAUGUUUCCCUGAUGGAAUUCGUUCAUUGCGAGAGGAAUUGGAUCUCUAUUUUCAAUUGUGUUCGAUCGAAGCAAGUUGUGAGACAUUGGCUGUCAUGGCUGCAACACUUGCAAAUGGAGGUGUUUGUCCACUCACCGAAGAGCGUUGUAUUUCCCCUCAACCGUGUCGUGAUGUUCUUUCGUUGAUGUACUCUUGUGGAAUGUAUGAUUUAUCCGGGAAAUUCGCCUUUCAGGUUGGUCUACCAGCCAAGUCCGGUGUUUCGGGUGUGCUGAUUGUUGUUGUCCCAAAUUUAAUGGGAAUUGCUCUUUACUCUCCUCCACUCGAUAAAAUGGGCAAUUCAAUGAGAGGAGUCGAAUUUUGUAAAAAGCUCAUCGAGAGCUUCAAUUUCCACAAUUAUGAUUCUUUACUUCAUGCUGAUUCGAAAAAAUUGGACCCAAGAAGAAGAGUCGGAAAUCGUGAAACGGAGCUUGUCGUUUCGUUAUUGUACGCGGCACAAAAUGGUGAUGAAGAAGCAGUUAGAAGAAUGUACCUUCAAGGCCAACCAUUAGAUGUGAAAGAUUAUGACGGUCGAACGGCUUUACACAUUGCUGCCUCUGAAGGACAUGCGCAUCUUGUGAAAUUCUUCCUCUUUAUCGCCAAAGUCCCACACAAUCCAAAAGACAGAUGGAGACGUACGCCACUAGAUGACGCGAAAAUGUUCAAACACGAUGAAUGCGUGAAAUUAUUGCUGAGACCACAUCUUCUCAAUCAUAAAGGGACACUGAUUGAAGAAAAUGAAAUUGACGAAAUCCGAUCAACAACACUUUCGAUGCAAAGAAUGGACACAAGCAGCUCUGACGAAACAGAAAGCGAUUCGGAGAUCGAUCAAAAAUUGGGAUUCUCAGAUGCAUAUUCUGACUCUCCACUACAAAAUGGCGGUCCCUCAACACCGAAA